UUUAUGGAUCAAGUCCAUUAAUUACCUUAAUCCCAAUGGAGGAACACGAAUCACGUUAUAUGCAAUCGAAGUAGUCUUAUAUGUGACUUUUGUCAUAUUUAAAUUGCUAUUUUUUCGACGAUUAGUUUUCAAGUUUUGUGUGGCAUACUGCUUUGCUAUGGCGGAAUCAGUUGGGAAACAAAGUCAGAGAGUUCCCAAGGUGGCAAAGGUGAAGAAUAAAGCUCCAGCACCUGUUCAAAUAACUGCAGAACAGCUUUUGCGCGAGGCCAAAGAAAGGCAACUUGAAGUUGUACCACCUCCACCAAAACAGAAAAUCUCAGAUCCGGAGGAAUUAAAGGAAUACAAGCUACGAAAAAGAAAGGCAUUUGAGGAUAAUAUUAGGAAAAACAGAACGUUGAUGCCAAAUUGGAUAAAAUAUGCACAAUGGGAAGAAAGUCAACAUGAAUUUGAGAGGGCAAGAUCUGUGUAUGAACGGGCUAUUGAUGUUGAUCAUCGUUGCAUUCCCAUUUGGUUAAAAUAUGCAGAAAUGGAAAUGAAGCAUCGACAAGUCAACCAUGCCCGAAAUAUUUGGGACAGGGCUGUUACCAUUUUGCCUAGGUGUAAUCAAUUUUGGUAUAAAUAUACUUACAUGGAGGAAAUGUUGGGAAAUGUUGCUGGUGCUAGACAAGUGUUUGAGCGGUGGAUGGAAUGGGAACCUGAAGAACAAGCUUGGCACUCAUACAUUAAUUUAGAACUUCGUUUUAAGGAGUUUCAGAGAGCUCGAAAUAUUUACGAGCGUUUUGUGUACGUCCACCCUGAGGUGAAAAAUUGGAUAAAGUAUGCAAAAUUUGAAGAGAAACACGGAAAUAUAACGAAGUCACGCGAAGUGUUUGAACGGGCAGUAGAAUUUUACGGUGAAGAAAACAUGGAUGAAAAAUUGUUCGUAUCAUUUGCAAGAUUCGAGGAAUCUUGUAAAGAGCACGAAAGAGUGAGAGUUAUCUGUAAGUUUGCUCUUGAUCAUCUUCCCAAAGAACAAUGUCAAGAUCUUUAUAAGUUUUACACUCAACACGAGAAGAGAUUUGGUGAUAAGGGAGGCAUUGAAGAUGUGAUUGUCUCAAAAAGGAAAUUUCAAUAUGAAGAGGAAAUCAAAGCUAACCCAAACAACUACGACGCAUGGUUUGACUACAUCCGACUAAUGGAAAAUGAGUCCACUUCUGACAUUGUUCGAGAAACAUAUGAACGGGCCAUAGCUAACAUUCCUCCUACACAGGAAAAAAGAUUGUGGAGACGGUACAUAUACUUGUGGAUUAAUUAUGCCUUAUACGAAGAACUAAUUGCGAAGGACAUGGAUCGAACAAGGCAAGUGUACAGGGCUUGUCUUGACGUCAUUCCCCAUAAAAAGUUUACUUUUGCUAAAAUGUGGUUGCUGUACGCGCAGUUCGAGAUACGUGAGUUGGAAUUAGUGAACGCAAGAAAAGCUUUGGGUGCCGCUAUUGGAAAAUGUCCGAAGGAUAAACUAUUCAGAGAAUACAUUGGCUUAGAACUUCAGCUGCGCGAGUUUGAUCGUUGUCGAAAGUUGUACGAAAAGUUUUUGGAAUUUAAUUCGUCGAAUUGUACAACAUGGAUAAAAUACGCAGAGUUGGAGACUAUUCUUGGUGAUACUGAACGAGCACGUGCUAUUUUUGAGUUAGCCGUGGGACAGACUUUGUUGGAUAUGCCAGAGGUUUUGUGGAAGGCGUAUAUCGAUUUCGAAAUUAGUCAAGAGGAAUUUGAAAAAACCAAAGAUCUCUACGAACGAUUAUUGGAAAGAACGCAACACGUUAAAGUCUGGAUCAGCUACGCGCAGUUUCAGUUGACAACCGAUCUUGAUGAUCGCAAUGUCCUAGCAAGAAAUGUCUACGAGAGAGCUAAUCGUGAAUUGAAAAAUGCAGAGGAGAAAGAAGAAAGACUAAUGCUUCUUGAAUCAUGGAAGCAAUUUGAAAAAACGGUCGGUGAUGAAGAAUCGCUGGAAGUUGUUCAAAAGAAAAUGCCUCGAAAAGUCAAGAAAAGAAGGAAAAUUGAAACUGAUGAUGGUUCGGACGCUGGAUGGGAAGAGUUCUACGACUAUAUAUUUCCGGACGAUGAAGAUAAUCUUCCAAACUUCAAACUUCUUCAAAUGGCAAGACUGUGGAAGCAGAACAAAGGAUAGAAUGAAGUCUUAUAAGUUUUACUUGUGAAUAGCCCACAUCACUCUUUUAUUGUAUUGAUAAAAUAGCAAAUAAACAUUUUGAGUUUUU